UUUCCAACCAUUGAUAUGGGCCCACAGCUGAAGGUGGUUGAACGAACUCGUACAGCUACCAUGUUAUGUGCAGCCAGUGGCAAUCCUGAUCCUGAAAUAACUUGGUUCAAAGAUUUCUUACCUGUGGACACAAGCAACAACAAUGGCCGCAUCAAGCAGCUACGCUCAGGUGCCCUCCAAAUUGAACUGAGUGAAGAAUCUGACCAAGGCAAAUAUGAGUGUGUUGCAACCAACAGUGCGGGUACACGCUAUUCUGCCCCUGCCAAUCUAUAUGUCAGAGUUCGACGGGUCCCACCAAGGUUCUCUAUACCCCCAACAAAUCAUGAGAUCAUGCCUGGCGGGAGUGUAAAUAUCACCUGUGUUGCGGUGGGAUCACCAAUGCCAUAUGUGAAAUGGAUGCUAGGAGCAGAAGAUUUGACACCUGAGGAUGAUAUGCCAAUAGGGAGAAACGUCCUUGAGCUUAAUGAUGUCAGACAGUCUGCAAACUAUACUUGCGUUGCUAUGUCUACCCUUGGUGUUAUAGAAGCAAUAGCACAGAUAACUGUCAAAGCCUUACCCAAACCUCCUGGAACACCUGUGGUGACAGAAAGCACAGCAACUAGCAUAACAUUGACUUGGGAUUCUGGAAACCCUGAGCCAGUUUCGUACUACAUAAUCCAACACAAACCCAAAAACUCAGAGGAGCCAUAUAAAGAAAUUGAUGGGGUGGCCACAACACGUUACAGCGUGGCUGGCCUGAGCCCAUAUUCAGAGUAUGAAUUUCGGGUAGUUGCUGUAAAUAACAUUGGGCGAGGGCCACCCAGCGAGCCUGUGUCAACGAGGACUUCAGAACAAGCACCUUCAAGUGCACCACGCAAUGUACAGGCCCGUAUGCUGAGCUCCACCACCAUUCUGGUACAGUGGGAAGAACCCGAGGAACCCAAUGGGCAAAUACAAGGUUACAGAGUUUAUUACACCAUGGACCCCACUCAACAUGUCAACAGUUGGAUGAAGCACAACGUGGCUGACAGCCAUAUUACCACUAUUGGGAAUCUUGUGCCCCAGAAAACAUACUCUGUGAAGGUUCUUGCUUUUACUUCUGUUGGGGAUGGACCACUUUCUAGUGACAUUCAAGUCAUCACUCAAACAGGAGUGCCUGGUCAACCAUUGAACUUCAAAGCAGAACCUGAGUCUGAAACAAGCAUACUGCUUUCCUGGACACCUCCACGGUCUGAUACCAUUUCCAGCUAUGAACUGGUUUACAAAGAUGGGGAGCAUGGGGAGGAACAACGGGUUUCCACUGAGCCUACUACAUCCUAUCGUCUGCAAGGCUUAAGGCCAAACAGCCUGUACUUGUUCCGCCUAGCUGCACGCUCUCCUCAAGGUCUGGGUGCCUCAACAGCAGAAAUCUCAGCCAGAACCAUGCAGUCAAAGCCAUCAGCUCCUCCUCAAGACAUUAGUUGCACAAGCCCCAGCUCCACUAGCAUUUUGGUAAGUUGGAAACCUCCACCGUUGGAAAAACAGAAUGGCAUUAUCACUGCAUACUCCAUCAAGUACAUUGGAAUUGAUGGAGAAGACGUCAAGCCCCAUGAAAUUUUGGGAAUUUCCUCGGACAGUACCUGGUACCUUUUGGAACAGCUGGAAAAGUGGACUGAGUACCGGAUCUCUGUGACUGCUCACACUGAUGUUGGACCUGGCCCUGAGAGCUUAGCAGUAUUGAUUCGGACAGAUGAAGAUGUUCCUAGUGGUCCUCCUCGCAAAGUCGAGGUGGAGGCUGUCAACUCCACCGCUGUUAGAGUGUCUUGGCGCUCGCCGGUGCCCAGCAAGCAGCACGGCCAGAUUCGAGGCUACCAGGUCCACUACGUCAGGAUGGAGAAUGGAGAGCCAAAGGGCCAGCCUAUGCUAAAAGACAUCAUGCUGGUGGAUGCACAGGAAAUGUUAAUUUCUGGGCUUCAGCCAGAAACCACAUACUCUUUCACUGUGACAGCCUAUACAACUAAAGGUGACGGAGCACGCAGCAAACCCAAACUUGUGUCUACUACUGGUGCAGUUCCAGGCAAACCUCGGCUUGUGAUUAGCCACACACAGAUGAACACGGCUCUAAUUCAGUGGCAUCCUCCAGUGGAAACUUUUGGCCCGCUGCAGGGUUAUCGCCUGAAGUUUGGUCGCAAAGACAUGGAUACAUUAACGACCAUGGAGUUCUCAGAGAAGGAAGAUCACUUCACGGCCACAGACAUUCACAAAGGAGCUUCUUAUGUCUUCAGGCUCUCAGCUAGAAAUAAAGUGGGCUUUGGGGAGGAGAUGGUUAAAGAGAUUUCUGUUCCUGAAGAGGUACCCAGUGGAUUUCCCCAAAAUCUCCACUCGGAAAGCUCUACUUCAACAUCAGUUCAAUUAACUUGGCAGAUGCCACUCUUGGCAGAAAGAAAUGGCAUUAUCACCAAAUAUACCCUCUUGUACAGAGAUAUCAAUGUUGCUUACCAGCCAGUUGAACUCCCUGUUGUUCCUGCUGAUACCACUAUGACACUUUCUGGCUUAAAACCAGAUACCACUUAUGAUGUAAAAGUACGUGCCCACACAAGCAAAGGGCCUGGUCCAUAUAGUCCGAGUGUCCAGUUCAGGACACUACCCGUGGAUCAAGUGUUUGCAAAAAAUUUUCAUGUUAAAGCAGUAAUGAAGACUUCUGUUUUGCUGUCCUGGGAAAUUCCAGAAAACUACAAUUCAGCUUUGCCUUUCAAAAUCCUUUAUGAUGAUGGGAAAAUGGAGGUUGAUGGACGUGCUACUCAAAAGCUAAUCACAAACUUGAAGCCAGAGACAUCAUAUUCAUUUGUCCUGACAAACAGAGGGAAUAGUGCUGGGGGUCUUCAGCACAGAGUAACCGCAAAGACUGCACCAGACGUGCUUCGCACAAAGCCAGUCUUCAUUGGAAAGACCAACUUAGAUGGAAUGAUAACUGUGGAACUUCCAGAAGUACCCUCAAAUGAGAAUAUAAAAGGCUAUUACAUAGUUAUUGUGCCUUUGAAGAGGUCUCGUGGAAAGUUUAUCAAACCAUGGGAGAGUCCAGAUGAAAUGGAAUUAGAUGAGCUGCUUAAGGAGAUAGCUAGGAAACGCAGAAGCAUUCGUCUUGGGAGGGAAGUUGAAUUAAAGCCAUAUAUUGCAGCUCACUUUGAAGUUCUUCCUACGGAAUUCACACUGGGGGAUAAGAAGCAUUAUGGUGGAUUUGAGAAUAAGCAGCUGCAGAGUGGUCAAGAGUACGUCUUUUUUGUGUUGGCUGUAAUGGAGCACUCUGAAUCGACCAUGUAUGCAACAAGCCCAUAUUCAGAUCCUGUUGUGUCAAUGGAUCUUGAUCCCCAACCAAUUACAGAUGAGGAAGAAGGCUUGAUUUGGGUUGUUGGACCAGUUCUUGCAGUGGUGUUUAUCAUCUGUAUUGUUAUUGCUAUACUUCUUUACAAAAGGUAG